AUGGCAGAAUAAUAAGAAUAAUUAAAGUUCACACAUCCUUUUCCUAAAUUGCUUUUUGAUGAUAGUCAUGUUGAAUUCAAGAAAUACUCAAAAUAUAUUAUAGAUACAGAUGCUGGAUCAGAUGAUGCUCAUGCAAUAUUAAUUGCCUCUUAUAUUCUAAAAUAUAUUAGAACAGAUGCAGAAUUAAUUGGAAUAACAGCAGUUGCUGGUAAUGCAGCCCUUGAUAAUGUAAUAAAAAAUGUAUUAAAUUUAAAUAUAACAUAAAGGUGUAUAUUACUACAAGGAUUGGACAUUUUGGUGAUAAACCUCCAAAAAUAUAUAAGGGUUGUAGAACAGAUACAUUAAGAAGAUUUUAUAGAGAUAAUUACUUUUUGGAAGAUGGAUUAGGUGGAUAACAAUAAAGAUUAUUAAGUGAAUUAGGUUUAUAGGACAAACCAUUAGAAUAUUUUCAUGAGAAAUAACAUGCUUGUGAUUUCAUAAAAGAUUCUAUUUAUAAAUAUGGAGAAGAUUUAUGCAUUAUUUGCAUAGGGCCAAUGACAAAUAUUUAUUUAACAUUAACAAUGUAUCCAGAUAUUAUAGAUAAACUUGGUUGUUUAUUUGCAAUGGGAGGAACAUAUAUGGGAGUAGGAAAUGCAGCAAAUUCAGUAGCUGAAUUUAAUGUAUAAACUGAUGUAGAAGCAACAGCAGCAGUAGCUAUGGCAAAGUUUAAAUAAAAAUUGUUAUUACCAUUUGAUGUUGUAUUAGCUUACACAUUAGAUAAAAAGAAUGGUAAAGUUAUUUUUGAGAAUGGAGCUAAUACAAAGAAAUCUUAAUUUGUUGAAAGCAUAUUUAAAGCAGUAAGCCAUGAUGGAAAUUAUAUACUUUGUGAUGGUAAUAAUUAAAUAUUAGUUUGUUAGAACUGGCUGUUAUGGUUGCUUUGGUUCCAAAUUUGAUUGUUUAUUCAUUAAAAAAGAAUAUAUCUAUUGUCUCUGAUGGAUAAGCUAGAGGAUAAGUUAUUAUUGAUUGGUUAACUUUAAUGAGAGGAAAUUAAAAAUCAGUUGUCAGUAUAUUAACAGCAUUUGAAUGGGAUUCUGUUAUCGACAUAGCAACCAAAGCUAAUUUAGAUUAAUAAUGA